AUGGCUUCCCCAAAAAUGAGUCUGAAGCUUCUUAUUGACAGAAAAGGGUCUAGAGUGUUAUUUGCGGAAGCACCAAAAGAAUUUGUUGAUUUUCUUUUCCACAUAUUCUCUUUACCUUUAGGCACCCUCAUAGAGUUCUUGGGAUCCAACCAGAUGGUUGGUUGCUUAGGAAAACUCAAAGAUAGCAUAGAAAGCUUUGAUGAGGACUGCCUUCAAUCCGGCAUCAAAUCGGAAGAUAUCUUCAACCCCAAAACUGCUUUUAAUGGUGACAUAUUUCUGUUGUCCUAUGAUCAUGCUUCUUCUGAUGAUCAGCCUGCUGGUGCAUCUAAAGCAGUUUACAUGUGUGAUAAUGCACUUUGCUCUGGAUGUGAUCAAGAUGACUCUUGCGCGUCAAACGUGACGCUGUAUGCGAAUCUCGAGUGUCCCAACUGCCGUGGUUUCAUGAAUGUUAAGAGGUCAGUCAUAACGCCUAACAGAGUAGCAGAAACAAAGGAAGGUGUCAAGAAAAAGAAAGUAGGGUAUGUAAAGAAAGGGAAGACGUACAUGGUGAUGGAUGAUUUAGUGGUGAAACAAAUUGGUUUGAAGCUGUUGGCAGCAUCAUUGAAGACGGAUAAAGUGCUAACCACAAUCUUUAUGCAUUAG